CCUGCUGAUGCCCAUGACAACUUUCUUUCAGAAAGCAAGGAAUAACUGCUCCUAAUGUAAUGGUAUAUCAAAUGACUGGGAAAUGCAACCAACAUUGAUAGUUGACUUCCACCUUGAAUGAAAAUGACUAGUCUCUUUUUAAGCAGAAGGGUUGGUCACUAUUCCAUACAGGCUAAUGAGUGUCCAUGUGGAAGAUAUAUCAGAUCCACAACCCAUACUUGGUGUAGAAAAGAGCCCCAUGUAGCAGCAGAACAAUGCAGAACUUCACUGUAACCCUUCCAAAUGUGCCCAUCAGUAAACAACCUUGUUUUCUUGGUGCAGCAGAGCUUGUUUUCAUGAGGAAGGGACCAUCUCAAGCAAUUCCAUUACAGUGGCAGGAUUAUUGAGAGAAGCUGGUUUUCUUAUGGCUGAUUAUGUUAGUGUUUGGUAUGGUUUGGGUUGCCAUGGAUACAUGUUCAAUGUGUGCUUAUGAAGAGGCAUUUUUUUGUCAAAGUAAACUCACCUCUUUAAAGUAUAUAACAGAGAAUGGGAUAAAACUUUCAUGGAUAUUUUUUUAUUGUACUGAGCCUUGUCUGUUUCCUAAUCAAUGAAGGUUGGUUGAGCACUUCAUAUUUCUGAAGAGCCAAUGAGAUAGCACAGUUGGUUACAAGGACUGAAGUUGGAGACAGUACUUCUAGGGGCUUCCUGUCAAAAACUUUCCAUUAUUUUUCCUCUCUGUCUCUCUCUCUCAUCUGUGUCCCCAUAAAGUUUGCAGACAAUCUCACAAGGACAAGAUCUUCAAUAUAGUACUAUGGAUGAACACAAGGCUUGAUAUGAUUACUAUUCACAGGAGGAAAGAUGAGAAUCAUAAUGGACAGGGUCUAUCAGAUGAUUCAGCUAUACAAAAAGUACUAAUAUCCUAAGGUCAUUUUGGAAGGAUACUUCCAUACAAUUUUCUGCUUCUCUGCCUCUGUGCCUGGAAGAGUUCCUAUUAAUUUCGACCAACUUGUGCUUCCUGAAAGUAAAGUGUGCUUGUCGAAGCACCAAACAAGUUUGAGAGAUCAGUAUACGAAGGAUCAUCAAAGUUUCAGGAUGGUGCAAGAGGGAGAAGAAACUUGGAUUGCAGAUCACAGAGUUGGAGAAACUGGCCUUUCUGAUCCUCGACUUUCAACUCACGGAAUUCAUGGCACCACUCCAGCUGCAACUAAGUUCUUUGAUCAGGAAGAAGCUUCUUAUUUUGGGGGUCUGGAGGAGGCUCUUAUGGAUGGAGUAGAUGGCAUAAGAGAAACUGAAGACACUUUUCUCACAGCCAGACUCCCAACACUUCAGAUCUUCCCAUCAUGGCCAAUGAGAUUCCAGCAAUCUCCCAGACAGGGGAGUUUGUGGUCAGCAAGGAGCAGUGCUUCAAGCUCAGCUCAAAACACUGCAUCUCAUCCAGAAUCAGACAAUCCAGCAAGCAGAAUGGCCUCUUCAGACCUGUGUGCUGACCACAAGCAGCAACAAGAGGUGAUGAUGAGAAAGAUGACUGGUUCAACUGCAAGGAAAGAUGGAAAGGUACUUGAUCCUAAGAGAUUAAGGCGAUUAGCUCAGAAUCGUGAGGCAGCAAGGAAGAGCCGCCUGAGGAAAAAGGCUUACGUGCAACAAUUAGAGACCAGCAGAAUUAGGCUGCAGCAGCUCGAGCAAGAUCUACAUAGUGCAAGAUUACAGGGUGUGUUCUUAGGAGUCGCAGGCUGUGCAAAUGGAUCUACGAGUUCCAGCGCUGCGAUGUUCGACAUGGAGUAUGCUCGAUGGUUGGAUGAGAACUGCAAACACAUGUCGGGGCUUCAAGGUGCGAUACAAGCUCACCUUCCUGAUGGCGACCUCGGUGUCAUUGUAGACCAGUGCGCCGUGCACUACGACGAGCUCUUCCGGCUGAAAGCCAUCGUCGUCAAGUCCGACGUGCUCCACCUCUUGAACGGAGCAUGGAGGACUCCGGCGGAGCGCUGCUUCCUGUGGAUGGGCGGAUUCAGGCCGUCCGAGCUUCUCAAGAUGGUGGUGGCUCAGCUGGAUCCGCUGACGGAGCAGCAGUUCAUGGGGAUCUGCAACCUCCAGCAAUCGUCACAGCAGGCGGAGGAGGCGCUCUCGCAGGGCCUCGAGCAGCUCCACCAUUCAUUGGCUGACGCCAUUGCCGGUGGCUUCCUCAGCAAUGGCGUGGCCGAUGGAAGCUACAUGGUGAUCGCAUUAGGGAAGCUCGACAACCUCGAAGGACUAGUCCGCCAGGCUGAUAAGUUGAGACAACAGAGCUUACACCAAUUGCGCAGCCUCUUCACCACCAUACAAGCAGCCAAAUGUUUCCUAGCAAUCGGAGAGUACUACGCCCGCCUGCGUGCUCUCAGCUCGCUAUGGGCGUCUCGGCCACGAGAGAGCUUGAUCAGAAACGAUGGUGUUGUCUCUACAUCAACAGACCUGCAAAUCGUUCAUCAACCACUGCAAAAUCAUUUUCCAUAUUUGCCUCUUUGAGCUCAUUCUCAUGAGAAAGAGAGAGAGAGAGAGAGAGAGAGAGAGAGAGAGAGAGAGAGAGAGAGAGAGAGUGUGUUGCUGAUAAUGGCUAUUGAACAAUGUGUGCAUGUAUUAUAUGUACAAAUAACAAGGGGAAGCAUAUGCUAACAGCAAAUUGCAUGAUCGAGAUGGCAUACACACACUAUAUAGCUAAGACAGGAGAUUAGAACUGUCGGAGGUAUGCUCGAAGGCCGUCACCAUGUGCAGCUGUUGCAGGGACGCAGCUUCCUCACUGCCUUCUGCACAUUUAUACGCGACUGCUCUGCCAUAG